AUAAUUACCCAAUUCAAAUACUCAUUUGUAACCCUCAAUUUCAAAAAACAACACUAACAAAGGUAAAGACUUACAUCCUCAGCGUCGAAUCACAAUUCUCUUGCGCAUCCAUGGCCAACUUCGCCAUCUUCCCCCAAUGCUUCAACUAGAUCGACACCCAAAAUGUCGGCUAACGGAUUUCUCAUCCUGAUAAUCUACUUCACCACAAAUUAUUUGCAAUUUGGUCUUGAGAAUUGAAGAUUUUGGGAACAAUGAUGUCGCCAUGAACUGUUCAUGAGCUUGCUUUCAUUCCCAUUUUUUUUUUCUUUUUCAAUCUCUUACUGCCAAAAGUAGGAGUGAGAUCACAUUUUUAAUUCCCGCUUCUUUUUUUCAUCCCGUUUUGCUUUCACUAUACCGUUACAAGCAUGACCCGCUUUCCUUCGCCACAGUUCAUUUUAAUUUCACAAUUGUCAUCCUAUACCCUUCUUCGCCGAUAGUUACUAUGCACCAAUAGUUAUCCGUCAUUCUUCAUCUUCUAGUCGAGCCACCAUUACUAGCUAUUAAUUCGAAGAAUUGCGCUUUAAUUUACAAGCAUAAUGAUGUAACACAGUUUAGCUUUAACAUCAGAUACGUGGCUCGGUACAAUUGCUUUGACCCAGGCCUGUUCCUGUUCCAUUGAACGGGCCUAGCUGAGAGUUCUACAUUCUGUUUAUUCUAUUGCUGUAGCUGCAUGAGUGGUGAUUCGGGAAGAAAUUUUUCAUAUUCAUUGAAUGUCAUAACCUCUUUUCAGUCCCCAGAAAAUUUAGUGAUUGUAAAUUUUAUACUGGUAAUCUGGUAAUGAGUAGCACAGUUUAUUGCAGGACAAGAUGGUGAUCCCUCCACCGGUCAGAGCUCCAAGAAUCAUAGAGUUUUUGAAGCCAUACAUGCUAAAAUUGCACUUCACGAACAAAUUUGUUCAUGCUCAAGUCAUUCACUCUCCAACAGCGACAGUGGCUGCUUCUGCAAGCUCACAGGAAAAGGCCUUGAGAUCAAACAUGGGCAUCACGCGUGAUGUGGCUGCUGCUGCAAAAAUUGGGAAGAUUCUUGGGGAGCGCUUGCUUGUUAAGAACAUUCUUGCUGUUUCAAUGUUCUUGAAGAGAGAACAGAAGUAUCAUGGUAAGAUCAAAGCAGUGGUUGACAACAUGAGAGAAGCCGGUGUGAAAUUACUUUAAAUUGUAACAGAAGACAGAAAUACUUAAUAUACAGAUGACAUUAGGCUUCUAGAGGUUUGAUAUGUCUCAAGCAGCUCUUCCAUAGGGAGAUGCAAAAGAACAUGUCUUAAUCCCUAUUAAUGAAGUUUAGAUAUCUGAUUCGAGCAUACGUGUUCUCUUUCAGACAUUAUGGGCAAAUAUUGAAAUGUGGCUACCUGGCUAUGUUUUGGCCCAUGUGCUGUGAUAUCAUUGGCAAGCUUGAUCUCUUUUUCCCUGUUUCCUCUGUGUUGAAUAAAGAAAAGAAGUAUGAAAAUUUGCAGAACUUGGCUCA